AUGAUGGCCUUUGGAAAGGGAGCGAUGGCGGCCAUCAGGAAGAAGCUGGUGAUCGUGGGAGACGGUGCCUGCGGGAAGACGUGUCUGCUGAUCGUGUUCAGCAAGGACCAGUUCCCCGAGGUCUACGUACCGACCGUGUUCGAGAACUACAUUGCUGACAUAGAGGUAGAUGGGAAGCAGGUGGAGCUGGCCCUGUGGGACACGGCGGGACAGGAGGACUACGACAGGCUGCGGCCCCUCUCGUACCCGGACACAGACGUUAUCCUCAUGUGCUUCUCUAUCGACAGCCCGGACAGCCUCGAGAACAUCCCCGAGAAGUGGACCCCGGAGGUGAAGCACUUCUGCCCCAACGUGCCCAUCAUCCUGGUGGGGAACAAGAAGGACCUGCGGAACGAUGAGCACACGCGGCGCGAGCUGGCGAAGAUGAAGCAG